AUGGGCCGGGCCCGGCGCUUCCAGUGGCCGCUGCUGCUGCUGUGGGCGGCCGCGGCUGCGCCAGGGGCGGGACAAGAAGUACAGACGGAGAACGUGACGGUGGCCGAGGGCGGGGUGGCGGAGAUCACCUGCCGUUUGCACCAGUACGAUGGGUCCAUCGUCGUCAUUCAGAAUCCGGCCCGCCAGACCCUCUUCUUCAACGGCACCCGCGCCCUGAAGGAUGAGCGUUUCCAGCUUGAGGAGUUCUCCCCUCGCAGGGUGCGGAUCCGGCUCUCAGACGCCCGCCUGGAAGACGAGGGAGGCUACUUCUGCCAGCUCUACACCGAGGACACCCACCACCAGAUCGCCACGCUCACCGUGCUGGUGGCCCCGGAGAACCCCGUGGUGGAAGUCCGGGAGCAGGCGGUGGAGGGCGGCGAGGUGGAGCUCAGCUGCCUGGUCCCGCGGUCCCGCCCGGUUGCCGUGCUGCGCUGGUACCGCGACCGCAAAGAGCUGAAAGGUGUGAGCAGCAGCAGGGAGAAUGGCAAGGUGUGGAGCGUGGCGAGCACCGUGAGGUUCCGCGUGGACCGCAAGGACGAUGGCGACAUCAUCAUCUGCGAGGCGCAGAACCAGGCGCUGCCCUCGGGGCACAUCAAGCAGACGCAGUACGUGCUGGACGUGCAGUACUCCCCCACGGCCCGGAUCCAUGCCUCGCAAGCUGUGGUGAGGGAGGGGGACACCCUGAUGCUGACGUGUGCUGUCACGGGAAACCCCAGGCCAAAUCAGAUCCGCUGGAGCCGCGGGAACGAGUCUUUGCCGGAGCGGGCCGAGGCGUUCGGGGAGACGCUGACGCUGCAUGGCCUGGUAUCCGCAGAUAAUGGCACCUACACUUGCGAGGCGUCGAACAAGCACGGCCACGCGAGGGCGCUCUAUGUGCUCGUGGUCUACGACCCCGGUGCGGUGGUAGAGGCUCAGACAUCCGUGCCCUACGCCAUUGUGGGCGGCAUCCUGGCGCUACUGGUGUUUCUGAUCAUAUGCGUGCUGGUGGGCAUGGUCUGGUGCUCGGUACGGCAGAAAGGCUCCUACCUGACCCACGAGGCCAGUGGUUUGGACGAGCAGGGAGAAGCGAGAGAAGCCUUCCUCAAUGGCAGCGACGGACACAAGAGGAAAGAAGAAUUCUUCAUCUGA